AUGGCGGCACAGCUUCAAAUGCCUGAAAGAGAAGAUAUUAGGCAGACAUCAUCACUGAACCCAGAAGAGGGAGGAAAUGCCAGGGUCUCUGGCUGCAACUGGAAACUUGGAAAUCAAGGAACAGCUUUUGUAAAUGGCAUUGGGAACCACAGCACCAUCACUGAGUUCCUCCUCCUCCAGCUGUCUGCCGACCCCCACGUCUGGGCCCUGCUCUUCGUGCUGUUCCUGGGAAUCUACCUCCUGACCCUGAUGGGGAACCUGAUGAUGCUGCUGGUGAUCGGUGCUGAUUCUCAUCUCCACACACCCAGGUACUUCUUUUUGAGUCGUCUCUCUUUUGCGGAUCUCUGCUUCUCUUCAGUCACUGUGCCCAAGAUGCUGGAGAACCUCCUGUCCCAGAAGAAAACCAUUUCAGUAGAGGGCUGCCUGGCCCAGGUGUUCUUUGUGUUUGUCACUGCAGGGACUGAAGCCUGUAUUCUCUCAGUGAUGGGCUAUGACCGCUAUGCUGCCAUCUGCCACCCAUUGCUUUAUGGACAGAUCACGAAUAAACAGCUGUAUAUGCACCUUGUGUGGGGCUCACGGGGACUGGGCUUUCUGGGUGCACUCAUCAACAUCUUCCUAGCUAUGAACAUGGUCUUCUGUGAGGCUAAAAUCAUCCACCACUACAGUUGUGAGAUGCCAUCUCUCUUCCCUCUGUUCUGCUCUGAUGUCUCCAGGAACUUCAUUGCUUUGCUCUGCUCCACACUCGUGCAUGGACUGGGACCCUUCCUUUUUGUCUUCUUAUCCUACACCCGCAUUAUGUCCACCAUCUUGAGCAUUAGUUCUACUUCAGGCAGAAGCAAGGCUUUCUCUACCUGCUCCUCCCACCUCACUGCUGUGACACUUCACUAUGGCUCAGGUUUGCUCCGCCACCUCAUGCCAAACUCAGGUUCCACCACGGAGUUGAGCUUCUCUGUGCAGUACACUGUAGUCACCCCCACGCUGAAUCCCCUCAUCUACAGCCUGAAAAACAAAGAAGUGAAGGCAGCGCUGAAAACAACUUUUGAAAAAUGUUUGAAAUAUAUCAGCUAUGAGGCUUUUCAUCCUCAUCUGGCCAUUGGUAUCUCACAAACGGGGUCUCCAGAAAACUCUAAAUUCAUUGCCAUCCUCCAUGCACAGCAGGAUAUUCAAGACCUGCUUUGCUUUCGUCGACCGAAGAUGAGGCACCCGCUAAACCCCCAAGGUCAAGCUUCUUAUUGUGAAGAGGAGUACAAAGAACUGAACUCUGGAAUCUGA